AUGAUGCGGUCAACACGUUCCAGAGAGGCAUCUCGAGAGCGAUUGAGUCUAGUCCGCUUUUCCCCAGGUCGUAGGGCAUCUCGAGGGCAGGAAUGCGAGACAAAGCAUCCAUCUACACUGUUAGAGGGGCCGAACAAGACUAUUGUCAAGGCAGGCAAGUUGACAACUGACGAUCCGAUGAGCAAGAGUCGGUUGACCGCUGUCGCCACUGGUAUGGUGAGCACCGAGGUCAGUUACCAUAGCCGCAGCGCCCGCAAAUCAGCCCCCUGGCUACUGCCAUUUCUGGAAGGAGGAGUCCAGGGCGAUUGCAACUCUUUGCGCAUUUGUGGGUCAAUGAAAGAAGCAGGUUUUCAGGCUGCACAAGAAGAGGACAAGGAGGCGAAGGGGAAGAACGAAAAUACCGAAAUGGAGGAGACACUGGGCAAAUCAACCGGGCCUUCCUUAUGUCUUGAAGACGAUGACAUGGAAACAGAAGAACAGUUGGUCCAGCUGGCCAAUAGAAAAGGGAAGGGGUCUCUGAACCGACUUUCAGCCGACCUGUCGAAUUGUGCUACCAACAGGUUCAAUUUGCCCUCUCUUCUCUUCUCCAUUCAUCAAAACCCGGAAAGUUCGCCGGGAGGAGAUAGCUCUGAGGAAGAUGAGCUUUCUACAAGCGCUAGACCAGGACUAGGCUCCGUCUGUAGAGCUAAGAGCGCUGGUAGCGGAGUUAGUGACAAGGGUUUGAGUGGCCUUCUGUCUGAGCAUGGUUAG